AUGGAAGAGAAGGUAAACUCGUUUAUCAUAAGAAGAUUAUCAUACGAAGGAGACGAUGAGAAGAGAGAUGUGAUGAAAAAAAUUGUCUCCAAGCUUAGAUCUGACGGCUACAAUGAUGUUUCUAUCUAUAGAACCUCGUGGGAUUCUUCUUUUGAUCGCCGUGAAGGAUGUAGUAGAAUGUUUAAGUGCAAGAGGAAGUACGAGUACAUUGAGGUCAUGGUGGCGACUGGUCGCGGCGGUGAUGACAGAAGCAAGAUGAAACGUCUCAUUAUUGAUCUUGACUUCAAGUCUCAGUUUGAGUUAGCGAAACAGACAGAAGUUUACAAAGACGUGACUCAGAUGCUUCCGACAGUGUUUGUGGCGACAGAGGAGAGACUCAAAAGAGUUGUUUCGUUGGUUUCUGGUGAGAUGACAGAGUCCAUGAAGAAAGAAGGAAUGUCUAGACCGCCAUGGAGGACUACGAGAUACAUGCUAGCCAAGUGGCUACCUGAGAAAAGGGUCUCUAGUUCUAAGAAAGGAUCCUGGUCUAUGUUUGAUGAUGAUGGAGGUGAAGCUGUUGAGACAACGAGUGGUAUUGGUUUUAAAACUACGUGUGGUUUCCAGUUAUCUUAGAGGGAUGAGCGCAGUUCGUUUCUUUGUAUUAUUUUUAUGGUCUUGACAGGUUUUUAGAUGUUGAUUUUAUUUUGAAAAUUACUUUUCUACCAGUUCUUGUCUGAUGAUAUAUCAUGGUCCACUUUAGUAUCCAGUGUCUGAUCUAGAAAUCCAGUAUCUAAAGUAACCAGUGUUAAAUUAGACCCACAGUCGAACCGGACAAUCCGGUGACUCGAUAUAUAAUCUGAUUUAGGUUUUAAGAAAAAAACCAUUAUAACUUAAUAAAACUUACAAAAAACCCAUUAAACCUGAUAUCCAGUUACCAGUUAUACCAAUAUGUAAUUUUUACUUAUUUAGUUUUUUUGAUUAUGUUAUUAUAAUAUAUGUUUUAUAUUUUAACUUAGCGAGCUUGUAUAUAAUGAAUUAAAGAAUGCUCUUGUUGAAGAAUAUCCCAAAGAUGAUACACCCAAAAAAUUUUGAUGGUAAUUUUAUAAAUUUUGAAUAAAAUUCCUGAUUCUUUAUCAUAUAUAAAUACCGAUAAAAUUGUGAUUUUGAAUUUUUGAUGAAGAUUUCACUAUGCCUCUUAAGAAAAUGAAUUGAACUAUGAUAGAGAGAAAAUUAGUUGAUGUGAUUUAGUAUUAAUUUAUUUUUGUUAUCAACAAUCUAUUUCAGUCUGAUGUGUUACUUUUGGUUUAUUUUAGAUUUUAAUUUUAUUAUUCAUAUUAGACAUUUAAAUAUUUAUGUUAAAUCUUGAUAUUUUUAUUAGAUGUCAUAACUCCUAAUUUAUUAUAAAAAUUGUUAAAUAAUUUAAAUUAUUUUUGAUAUUUUGUAUGUCAAAUAAAAAUGAAAAUAAAGAAACUAAAGUUAUAUAUUAUAUAUUUUAAGUCACAGAAUAUCUACUAGUUAAUAUAUUAUUACAUAAAUAGAUUAAAUAAUUUAUUAAUCUACGGUUCGUCCCAAUAACCUGGUGAUCUGGAAAGUUGUCUUAGUGUCCAUACCUAGUUUCAAAACAGUGAAAGUACCCUUUUGAUUAUCAAGAUGCUGUACUCACAAUUAUCAAAAUCCCAAAAUCAUAUAACUAACUGACUAAAAACAUAUCUAGUGUUACAGAGUGGAUUGGUUACCAUCAAACUAUCACCUCUUGAUUACAUUGGUGGAUUUGAUCCUGGAUGAAACUUGUUUCUAGUUUUAUGUUAUACUCUCUCCGUUUUUAAAAGAUUACAUUUUAGAAAUAGACACGUAGAUUAAGAAAACAUUUACUUUUUUAUAUUUUCUAAAAAAACAUCAUUAACUAUAUACAUACUCAUAAUUUUACUAAUAGUAAAAUAGACUACACUAUUUUUUUUUUUUGAAUUAUACAGAAAUAUUCUGGUUACAUAUAAGUGGUCCAGACUAGUUAUGUGUUACUACGCGUCGGUCUGUCUUUGACGAUGCUGAAAUAUUAAUUCUCCAGUGGCCAUAAUUCGAAUCCUGAUGGUUUUACUGUAUUGGGCUUUUGCCCUCAAAUAAAUCAGAAAAUAUUUAAAAAUGAAAAACAAAUUUCUAAAGCUUCAAAUAUUUAAAAAUGAA